CUAAUGACCCUGCCUGCCGCCCCCCGCCGCCCCCCCCGCCGCUCACACUGACACACCACCACGUAAACAAAUGGCCCAAACGUCUAAUCUCAACCAGCCCCGCUACACGCUGAAGACGAACACCCCAGCACCCACCGCCCCGCCCGCCGCCCCGCACACACGUCUCUGAGGGCGCGGCAGCAGCGUGGGGGGCAGGCCGGGCCCUGACGGUGUGUAAUGAGGCUGUGAGGCGCGGAGCAGCGGCGUACCGUCCCUGAGUCUGUGCUGGCGGCGGCGAGGCGUGUGUCGGCCCCGGGACUGCCACGACACAGAACCUGCAGGAGCUAUGCUGUUGCUGAGGUGCUGACGCUGGCCUGCAUCAUAACCCUGAGGGAGCCUAACCAGUACGACAGGGUGCCAGACCCAACAGUCUUUAGCACCAGACGCGGAGGCUCAAACUGAAGAGGGCAAGGGAAGCAGCGUUCCAGGCCACUCACACCAGCAGGCUGCCUCCACACCACAUGAAUGGAUGACAGAGGUUGUGCUGCAAGCUACCUCAGUGUCAGCAUGAUGGAGGAUCAGUGCCCCAACUAUGUGUGUUCAGACUGUGGAGAGCUGCUGGACAGCAAGAACAGCCUCAUCCAGCACACCCUCGCCCACAAAGGGAUGCAGACGUACCACUGUGAGGAAUGUGGCAAACUGUUCUCCCAGGAAUCCAAGUUUUCACAGCACACACACUUCCCAGACCAACCGUGCUUCAAAUGCAAUGACUGUGGCCAGUCCUUUCCCCAAAAGGUUGACCUCAAAACACAUUCUCUUAGCCAUGCAGCAAAAAGGUUUGAGUGUAAAGACUGUGGCAAGAUAUUUACAAAGAAGUUCAACCUCACCCAGCACUCCCUCACCCACUCUGGCAUUAAAAGGUUCAAGUGUGAGGUGUGUGAAAAGCUGUUCACCCACAAGAGUAACCUGACCCAACACUACAACGUCCACACGGGCAUCAAGAACUUCAAGUGUGAGCAGUGUGGCAAGGAGUUCUCCCACAAGAGUAACCUCACUCAACAUUUAAUCCUGCACACAGGCAUCAAGAACUUCAAGUGUGAGGAAUGUGGCAAGCUGUUCACCCACAAGAGUCACCUGACCCAGCACUCCCUCAUCCACGCCUGCAUCAAGGACUACCACUGCGAGGAGUGUGGCAAACAGUUCACCCAUAAGAGCAACCUCACGCAGCACUUGCUAAUACACACCGGGGUGAAGAGGUUUGAGUGUGAAGAGUGCAAGAAGCUGUUCACCCACAAGAGUAACCUCAUCAAGCACAGGCUCACCCACACCAACCAGAGAAAGACCAAACACACGCCACAGAUCACCAUCCACAAGCAGGAGGAGCCUCACGUCGCGUACCACGAACACGAGGAGGCUCACGCAGCGUACCAUGAACCGGAGGAAGCUCACGCAGCAUUCCAUGAGCGGGAGGAGCCCCACCCUGCAUACUCCCACAUGCUCCAUGGUGAGGAGGUUUGAGUGUGAGGAGUGAUGCUGUUCACUCACAAAAGCAACAAGGAGCUGAGGCUUGAGGUUGAGAGAUGAGGAUUGAGUCUCCUAUUCUUGCCUCCCCCCCUCCCCCCCUCCCCCCCCUACUGUCACACCCCUGGAUGAACAAUGGAUGGGCUUCACACCUGUCCACCCAGCACUUGUGGCUGUGCUUGUCCUCCUGUCCCAUCACUCUCACCUGAGGUUAAAGAGUACAAGUGCUGCAGCCUUAACAUUUUCAUCUUCAACCACUUCACACACACACACACACACACACACACACACACACACACACACACACACAGACUAAGUGAGGAUGUAGUAUCAGCAAAGAGUGUGCAAAGCUUUAAGGAAAAGUUGGACAAAUACAGAUACGGAGACGGGACCACACGAGCGUAAGCCCAGGCAGGCCCUGUAAAACUACAACUAGGUAAAUACACACACACACACACACACACACACACACACACACACACACACACACACUCUCUCUCUCUCUCUCUCUCCAGCAUGCACUUAUGGCCAUGUGCAGCACUCUGACAACCAGUGAAUGGAGUGCCUUCCUUCACUGCACUGUUGACCCGUUCAGCCCGUCCUGUCCCCAGCAGUGUCUGCACAGCACCGAGCAGUGUGAGGGGCACUGUGACUGACAGGGGAAAAGUAAAGACAAAUGGUGCUUUUGAAUGGGAAAACUGAUGUUACUUACAAGGUUCCUUUAAAUUGAUUGAAAUUAAUCAGUGACACACUCCCAAGUGACCUCAAAACCAGAGCAAAAUAUGUGUUAACUAUAUUUAUUAUUUAAUAAGAUAAAAAAACUUGAAAUGUAUUUUAAGUGGUGGAGGAGAAAAUGAAUAUUUAUUCAGAGUAAGAGUGCUUUCAGGAGGACAGACUGGUCCCCAGUGGCUGGGAGAUCUCUUCCACACACAAUAGUCCACUGUAAUAGUUCAUGUACACAGGAGAGAUUGUUGUGGCCACAGGGACUGCCUUCUUGUUUGCAAUGAAGGGCUGGUCACUUGGGUGCCAGGGAUCUACAUGAAAAUAGCUUUGGUUAGGCAACACAAUUUUCCAUGUACAUAAGGGAACACUGUGGGGUGAGCCAGUGAUUAGGGACACUGGAGACUGCACUCCCUUGGUUUGGGAGAUGCCACCUCCCUGGCCUGGGAGGUGGUGCAGGGCCACACGAUGCUCUGGCCUCCACUAGUGGUGAUAAUCACAGCGGUAAAGGUUGCAUGCACGAAGUCUACUCACGUUAUAGUUUACAAGUAUAUUCCGUAACGUAUAGAAACUGUUGAAAGAGUUAAGCAAUCUAAAGAGAGAGUGCCACUCCUUAGAUGUGCAAGAAAGUUUCAGUAUUAACUUGUAGCAACAAUUGGUAACAACAAUAAAAACAUCUUUAGCAAAG